AUGGCGCUUGGAGCAGAGGGUUGUCAGAUGCAGGGAAGACACAGGUUCUUCUUGGUCCUGAGCUUUAGUGUACCGACAUCUUGUGGCGUUGGUGUGUCUGUGUCCGUGUCGGGCGGCCAGAUGAUGAUCCGGCCAUGUCAGGUCAACGCUUGGUGGCGCUAUCACUAUCUUUCUACCACUACCCAUGGCCGAGGCCAGCCAAAGCAAGUACGGAAAGGUUACUUUUUGUCUUCCCGUCGGCUGCCGGCGUGCACAUGA